UUCGCCGCUCGCUUUCCGAGACGGGCGGACGGAUUCGGUUCAACGGCGCGGCCUCACCCUUGUCUUCCUUCGCAGGCGAUGAGAGAGGCGGAGGGAGUUGCGGAGCGCGGACCGGCUCGGAGCCCCGGAUCAGAGCGCCCGGCCGCCAAGGAAGAGGGCGCCGCUCUGGAGAGACCGCACACCUGCUGGGCGUGCGGGCGAGGCUUCCGGCGGGCGUCCGACCUGGGGCGGCACGUGCGCGGCCACGCCGGCGAGAGGCCGUACCCCUGCUCCGAGUGCGGCAAGGCCUUCGCCCGCUCCUCCUCCCUGCUGCGGCACCGGCUGGUCCACACCGAGGAGCGGCCGUUCCGCUGCCCGGACUGCGGGGGGCGCUACAAGGGCCCGGCCGACCUGGCCUCCCACCGGCGCCUGCACUCCGACCGGCGGCCCUUCGCCUGCCCCGACUGCGGCAAGGGCUGCAAGAGCGCCAGCAACCUGGCCUCCCACCGGCGGGUGCACGGCGAGGCCAGGCCCUUCCGGUGCCCCGACUGCGGCAAGGGCUUCAAGAGCCGGGGGAACCUGGCGGCCCACGGGCUGGUCCACUCCGGGGAGAGGCCGUUCCGCUGCGGCGACUGCCCGAAGACCUUCAAGGGCACCGCGGAGCUCCGCCGGCACCGGCUGGUGCACGCCGAGGGGAGACCGUUCCGGUGCCCGGACUGCGGGCGCGGCUACAAGCGCCCGGGCAACCUGCUGGCCCACCGGCGGGUCCACAGCGACGAGUGGCCCUUCGGGUGCCCGGAGUGCGGCCGCCGCUUCAGGAGCCCGGGGGAGCUGGCGUCCCACCGGUGCGUCCACACCGACCGGCGUCCCCACCCUUGCCCGGAGUGCGGCCGCCGCUUCAAGAGCCGGGGGAACCUGGGGGCCCACCGGCGGCGCCACGCCCAGGAGCGGCCCCACGCCUGCCCGGACUGCGGCAAGCGGGCGCGGAGCGCCGGGGAGCUGGCCUCCCACCGGGGGCGCCACUCCCAGGAGAGGCCCUACCCGUGCGGGGACUGCGGCAAGCGCUUCAAGAGCGCCGGCGAGCUGAUCCUCCACCAGCGGGUCCACACCGAGGAGAGGCCUUUCCGCUGCUCCCGCUGCGGGGCCGGCUUCCGGCAGUCCUCCCACCUGACCACGCACCGGCGGGUCCACACCGGGGAGAGGCCGUUCACCUGCGCCGAGUGUGGCAAGGCCUUCACUCGGACCUGUUACCUCCUGACCCACCAGCGGGUUCACCACUGAGUGCGGAGCAUGCUGUCAGUCGCACGUCGGACCUCCCAGCUCAGUUUACAGCCGGAAUAAAUGGCGAACGAAUUAGCUGUGUCUAGAA